AUGAAGUCACUUAUAUAUUUUUUUUCUAUUACUUAUGGAAUAAUUCUAACACUUUCAGUUGUCUGGUUCCUGUUAUCCUUCAUGGAGUAUUGCAAAUAUAAUCCGGCAAAAUUGUCAUGCACUGAAGAACGCUCAAAAUUCUAUCCUUAUGAAAGGCUUGAUUAUGGUAGAGUUUGCUUCUCACAUUUGUUCAUAGGAGCCAUUAUAUAUAGCCCUUUUAGAAUUAUGAUAUUUAUGGUAUGCGCAAUCUUUACUCUCAUUAUAUUAUUGUUCUUGAUUAUUCUAGAUAAAUUACUUCCUGUUAAUUCCCUUUGGAUUUAUAAAUAUAUCCACAGCUUGACAAUUAGAUUUAUUGGGUAUUUUACUUUGUACGUAUUUGGAGCUACAAAGAUCUUUCACUACUCUAUUUUACUUGAAAGUGAAAAUAACACAUUAUUUUACAAAGUGGAAACUAUAAAGAAUUGCCCACCAACGGAUAAAGUUGUCACAAUUGUUUCUAACCAUAUUUCUAUACUGGAUAUAUUAUUUUUCUUAAAAUAUAUUUCAUGCAACUUUGUAGCUAGAAGUGAAAUCAGGAAAAGUGCAAUUUUUAGCUUGAUAGCAGAUACAAUUGGAUGUAUUUAUGUUGAUAGAAAUUGUGCAGAAACUAGGAAAUAUGCCAGAAAAGUGAUAUGCAAUCAGCAGCGUCUCAGAUUUUCAUUCAUUAAUAAAAUAAAUAAAGUAGGCUAUUUAUCUCACUCGGAUACAUUGAAAUUCAAUACUUCUUUUUAUUCUACAAAAAGUACCCAGAGACAUUUCACUUGUAGGUAUGAGCUUCCACUUGUCAUUUUUCCUGAAGGUACAACCUCAAAUGGUUCAGAUAUCAUUCCUUUUAAAGUUGGUGCAUUUGAGUCUCUACUACCGAUACAGCCUGUCGUACUUUCAUAUGAAUCAUCUUUUGUUUCUCCAGCCUAUGAUAUUCUACCAUUUUGGGUUUUGCUUAGUCUUCUACUUUGCAAUACUGGAACGAUCACAAUCUCUGCAUUUUGGUUACCCCAUACUAAUCCAGCAAAUAAUAACAAAUCACCAACAUCUGUUUACAAAUUUUCAGAAGAUAUUCGUAAUAUAAUGUCCUACAUUCUCAAAAGUUUAAAUAAUAUAGAUCUAACUGUGAAUAAAGAAUAUAUCUUAAUGGUUCCUUAUACUCAUUUGUACUCAUCAAAGCUAAAACAUCAUAUUGAACGUUUACAUAUAGAAAAUAAUAAUUAUGUGGAAUCUAAACUUGCUAGUAAAAUUGGAUCUGGUUUAAAUCAAAGUUUGUCAGAAAACACUAGUUCAUUAAGACUGAAGCAUGAAUAUAUCCGUAAACUGAAAGAUAGCUAG